GCGCUCGCCCGCGGGAGCGCUUGGCAGCGGUGGUGGCGGCGGCGGCGGCAGCUCGGGUCGAGCCGCGCGCGUUGCUACCCCGCUCUGCAGCCCGCUUGUCGCCCCCGACCCAGCCCGGGGCCCCGAAGUGGCCCCCGCCCCGGCCCCCGCGCCUGCCCCGCAGCCGGCCCCAUGGAGCUGCUGGCCGCUGCCUUCAGCGCUGCCUGCGCCGUGGACCACGACAGCUCCACCUCGGAGAGCGACGCGCGCGACUCGGCAGCGGGACACCUGCCCGGCAGCGAGUCGUCUUCCACCCCGGGAAAUGGGACCACGCCCGAGGAGUGGCCGGCCCUGGCCGACAGCCCCACCACGCUCACCGAGGCCCUGCGGAUGAUCCACCCCAUUCCCGCCGACUCCUGGAGAAACCUCAUUGAACAAAUAGGGCUCCUGUAUCAGGAAUACCGUGAUAAAUCGACUCUCCAAGAAAUUGAAACCAGGAGGCAACAAGACGCAGAAAUCCAAGACAGUAACGAUGGGUCCCCAGCUGGCGAGGACACCCCAGAGGAGGAGGAAGAAGAGGAGGAGGAGGAACCGGCCAGCCCACCAGAGAGGAAGGCUCUGCCCCAGAUCUGCCUGCUCAGUAACCCCCACUCAAGGUUCAACCUCUGGCAGGAUCUUCCCGAGAUCCGGAGCAGCGGUGUGCUUGAGAUCCUCCAGCCCGAAGAGAUCAAGCUGCAGGAGGCCAUGUUCGAGCUGGUGACUUCCGAGGCAUCCUACUAUAAGAGCCUGAACCUGCUUGUGUCCCACUUCAUGGAGAACGAGCGGAUGAGGAAGAUCCUGCACCCGUCCGAGGCGCACAUCCUCUUCUCCAACGUCCUGGAUGUGCUGGCUGUCAGUGAGCGGUUUCUCCUGGAGCUGGAGCACCGGAUGGAGGAGAACAUCGUCAUCUCCGACGUGUGCGACAUCGUGUACCGUUACGCAGCUGACCACUUCUCCGUCUACAUCACCUACGUCAGCAACCAGACCUACCAGGAGCGGACCUACAAGCAGCUGCUCCAGGAGAAGGCGGCUUUUCGGGAGCUGAUUGCGCAGCUAGAGCUCGACCCCAAGUGCAAGGGGCUGCCCUUCUCCUCCUUCCUCAUCCUGCCUUUCCAGAGGAUCACGCGCCUCAAGCUGCUGGUCCAGAACAUCCUGAAGAGGGUAGAAGAGAGCUCGGAGCGGGAGUGCACUGCCUUGGACGCCCACAAGGAGCUGGAAAUGGUGGUGAAGGCGUGCAACGAGGGUGUCAGGAAAAUGAGCCGCACGGAGCAGAUGAUCAGCAUUCAGAAGAAGAUGGAGUUCAAGAUCAAGUCGGUGCCCAUCAUCUCCCACUCCCGCUGGCUGCUGAAGCAGGGUGAGCUGCAGCAGAUGUCGGGCCCCAAGACCUCCCGGACCCUGCGGACCAAGAAGCUCUUCCACGAAAUUUACCUCUUCCUGUUCAAUGACCUGCUGGUGAUCUGCCGGCAGAUUCCAGGAGACAAGUACCAGGUAUUUGACUCAGCCCCUCGGGGCCUGCUGCGCGUGGAGGAGCUGGAGGACCAGGGCCAGACGCUGGCCAACGUGUUCAUCCUGCGGCUGCUGGAGAACGCAGACGACCGGGAGGCCACCUACAUGCUAAAGGCGACCUCUCAGAGUGAGAUGAAGCGCUGGAUGACCUCACUGGCCCCCAACAGGAGGACCAAGUUUGUUUCAUUCACAUCCCGGCUGCUGGACUGCCCCCAGGUCCAAUGCGUGCACCCGUACAUGGCUCAGCAGCCAGACGAGCUGACGCUGGAGCUCGCGGACAUCCUCAACAUCCUGGACAAGACUGAUGAUGGGUGGAUCUUUGGCGAGCGUCUACAUGACCAGGAGAGAGGCUGGUUCCCCAGCUCCAUGACAGAAGAGAUCUUGAAUCCCAAGAUCCGGUCCCAGAAUCUCAAGGAAUGCUUCCGUGUCCACAAGAUGGAUGACCCUCAGCGCAGUCAGAACAAGGACCGCAGGAAGCUGGGCAGCCGGAAUCGGCAAUGACCCCCGCUCAGGGGGCUGGCGGGAGCAGGGCCUGCAGGCGACCCCGACAGAAGGUGGGGGGCUCUGGGAAGCACAGGCCAGCGCCUCCCCAGGUGGCACGAUCUGGCUUCGGGUGCCCGGGCUUCAUCCCUGCCGACACAGUGAGUGCUCACGUGUCUUGGACCCUUGCUCGAAAACCGGAUAAAGGGUGCCCACGCCUCUCCUGAUGCAUUUGUAAUCAAGAAGGUUUCAGCAGUAUUACGCCACCCUCCUCGUGCCUCUGAGGGGGUAGAAGGGAGUGGGCACACUCCAGGGCCUCCCCAGCCCCUGGCCCCCAGGGUCUGGUAGAGGCUGCCAACCCAGAGUGUCCCUAUGGGAGGCAGGCAGAAGGUGACAAUUGACAUGAUCUCCUGCACGCGUCCUCCUCUACCUUGGAAGCAGUUAGAAUCCACAGGGCACAGGUGGGGCCGCCCUUGCCUGACGGAGCUUGAUGAGCAGCCCUUGGUCUCUGGUUCACAGGACUGAGAGCCCAGCCGCCUCUGUCCACCCCUCCCUGGGCCUCUGCCAGCCUCUGGCUGCACGGUCAGGCCCUGCUCCACACAGGCCUGCCAGAGCUUGGCUGGGGACCCCUCCCGCCUCUGGCUCCCUGAUGGCUGGAUGUAACUUGUGUCUUCUGGUCCCUUAAGGAGCCCAGGUGUUUUAAGGAAUGAAUUGGCCACUGCAUCUUGUAUCGAUUAUGGUUCUGAGAAAAGCAAAUAUCACUUUUGGCUGCAUUAAAAGAAGCAUCAUAUAUAAAAUAAAGGAGAUAAAGGUCUA